CCUUUUGCCUCCAUGAAUAAAGAAGGAUUGGCCAUCGGUGGCAGAGCGUAGCGGCGGGCGGCGGGCGGCGGGCGGCGGCGGCGGCAAAUUUGUUCUUGGCAAUUUAGGAUUUUAUUUGUUAUGAUUAUUUUUCUUUAAAAAAUGAGGUUUGAUGGUGGUAAUUUACGGUGAGGCUAUCGAUUUGGUGUGAACAUUUGGGAUUGAGGAAGGAAAUGAAGGAGAAGAAGAGAUGUGGAAGAGCGGUGAAUUCGCGAAGUAGGAAAAAAUGGUAAAUGUUUUAAUUAGUAGAGGGGUAAAGGAAGGAAUUUUCUUUUCUUUUGACUUAAGGUUAUUAAACCCUCCAAUAAUAUGUGAAAUGGGUCAUUGGGUUUGAAAUCCAAAAAACUACUGUGCUGGAAUCAUAACUCAGCAACCAAGCAGCUUUAUUUGGAAUCAAACCCGCACCAUGGGAUUCACACCCCCAAACCAGGCGCCCACUUAGUAUGUUUCUAAGCGAAUUUCUUCUGUUGCAUGAUUGCUCAAUAGGUUGUGGGGUUUGAUUAGGCAAAAUCCAUGCCGGUAGAUCGCGACACCUUCACUAGUCGAAUGAAAUCCCAGUUCUCAUUUUUUCAGUUUCAUUUUACCCUAAUUUCCUAACUUCAUUCGCGGCGGCCGUCCAACAGCCAAAGGCCAAAGCAAAUCAAAAGAUUUUCCCAAAGCCAGAAUCAAAGAUUGGCAGCUCAUCGACUUCGAGUAGUGGAUUCGGAUUGGAGUUCGAGCAUUCGUCGGUCGUGCCGUCGCGUGUGUUCUCGGAUUGGAGUUCGAGCAGUGGCCUUCACUUCUUCUCUUCUUCAUCUCAAGCACAAGGAGCUUUGUCUUUUCUAGGUUUUGCAGCUUGUACCUGGUUUUGGGCAGUAGGAAUUCUAUCCACCAUCUAAGUUGGACAUUUAACACCAUUCAUAAGUAGAUUAUACUGCAGAUUAGUGAUGUCUCUACGUAAAUCUCCACUUCCUCGCCUUCUUCUAAAUAAUGUAUCUUGCAUGAGAAAUGCUCAGCAAAUCCUGCGCCAUGUAAAUGCCUCUAUUCAUGAUGGCAGUGCACUUGUUCUGACCGGCACAAAUGGCUCAGGCAAGACCACUUUCUUGCGCAUGUUGGCAGGAUUUUCUAAACCAUCUGCGGGUGAGAUACUAUGGAAUGGACAUGACAUUACAGAUUCUGGUGUUUUCCAUCAAUAUAAGCUUCAACUCAACUGGCUCUCACUCAAAGAUGCCAUCAAGGAAAAGUUUACAGUCCUUGACAAUGUUCAAUGGUUUGAAGUUCUUGAAGGCAAGGACGGUAACAGGUCUUGGCUUGCUAUAGAGCUUAUGGGGCUCGGAAGAUUAGCAAAAGACAAAGCAAGAAUGCUUUCGAUGGGUCAACGGAAAAGGCUACAGCUAGCACGUUUACUAGCAAUCGAUCGCCCAAUUUGGUUGCUUGAUGAACCGUCUGUCGCAUUGGACGACGAUGGGGUGAAACUGUUGGAGUAUAUUAUUGCAGAACAUAGAAAGAAAGGUGGCAUUGUCAUUGUGGCUACUCAUUUGCCGAUUAAGAUCGAAGAUGCAAUGGUUUUAAGAUUACCGCCAAGGUUCCCACGGAGGAUGACUUUGGUAGACAUGCUUGAUCGAGGGAGACUAGAUUGAGACGGCGAUAUUCGUGUACAACAUGUGCGAGAUUCCACAAAAACAGUGCAUCUCAGGCUCCAAGGAGAUUUUGAGAGGGAACCCUUGUUAUCCAACUUGAUGGCCAGCUCCUUGGUGUUAGACUUUCGGAAUUGUUCCAUUGUGCUGCGUAUCGUUAUUCUUUGAAGUUUACUUGCUCUACUUUUAGGUAAUGAUAGUUUUUAUUUUUUGUUGUGUAUUUUUAAUAGAAAAACAUUUUAGUGCAAGAAUGAGAAAAACUGAUCACCUCCUAGACAAAAGGAAAAACUCUAAAAAUUCGCGUAAAAUAAAAAAUUAUGUAUCACUAGAAUUGCAUCAAAGUACAAAGAAUUUAAACAAAAAGUACAAAAAAAAGGAAGAAAGAAUAAAAAAUAUUUUUUAAAAUAUUUAUGCAAAAUGGCAAAUAAAAAUAUAAAUUAAACUUAUAAUAAAGAAAAAUUCGCAAAAAUAAUACAUCAAACUAAUAGACACUGGAAGUCGCGGGAAAAUUUUAACCCAAAAUCUAGGCGCAAUUUAUUGAAAUCUGGCUGAAAGAUAAAUUCGGGUAAAAAAUCAAUAAAAUUGUGCAAUUUACUAUUUUCUAGAAGUUUGGGGGUAAAAACAUAGUAGUUUAGGACAAAAUUUUGUUAGUUUCCUAUUUUACCCUUAAAAAGUACUUAAAACAACAAAAUUCAAAUAUAGGGUAUAUGAUUUGGUGAGACCAAUUCUUAGGGUACAUAAUCUGGAGACCCUCUAUUUUUAGGUUACAUAAAGUGGCUUUUUUUCCUAUAAUUUAUUAUAAUUUCUUCAAAGGGGGUGCGAAAAUGAUCCAAUUACAUUUUCUACCUAGUAAUUAUAUAAUAAUUAUUAAAAAAAUAAAAUCAGAGGGGGUGCUGCCGCACCGGCUGGCCACCCCCUGUCUCCGCCUUUGCAUUAACCAAUUAAAGUGUCAAAA